UUGAAGCAUGGGAAGAAUCCAAAAAAGAAAACCCUAGGGAACCUUCUCGGGCUUUGGUUGGUUGGUGAAGAAAGUGUACCCAAAGCAACAUCAACAUUCUAGACCCUUCCUUUUCAUUCUAGACCAUUCCACACACACUCAACACAUAUAAUAAUAAUCAUCAUAGUUCAUAACCCUCACCCCAAUCCAAUUAUUAUUAAUCACUAAGGAACUCUCCCAGAAAAGAGGCAUCAGUUGCAAUGGCUCGUUACGGUGAGGGCGACAAGCGGUGGAUCGUGGAGGACCGCCCCGACGGCACCAAUGUCCACAACUGGCAUUGGUCCGAGACCAACUGCCUCGACUGGUCCAAGACCUUCUUCACCAGCCUCCUCACUAACCUCCCUAUCCUCGACGGCGAGGGUAACCUCUUCCUCAAAACGACGUCGCUUCGCUCCCUCGACGGCGAGGCCUACAUCAAUGUCCGAAAGGGGAAGAUCAUCCCCGGCUACGAGAUCAGCCUCACUCUCAAUUGGCAGGGAGAGGCCAAAGACACCCUGGGAACCUCUCUUCUCAAGGUCGACGGCACCGUCGAGAUCCCCUACAUCUCCGACGAGAACGCCGACGAGGAUCCCGAGGUUAGGGUUACUGUCGACGACGAGGGACCGGUUGGAAAGAGGAUUAAGGAUGCCAUGGUUUCCAAGGGGAAGCCCUUGAUCUUGGAGAAGGUUAGGGUUUGGGUGCAGAGCAUGGCCAAAGGAGGUCCUGUUAAGGACGAAUUGGAACCCAAGAAGGUUGCGCCGUCGUCGUUGUCGCCGUCUCCGGCGGCGACAACGACAACGACGACUCCGACGACGACGAAAACAACGGCUGCUGCGCCGAAGAAGGAGGAGAAGAAGGAGAAGGUGAAGAAGGGAAGGAAGAGUAUUAGCAUGACGGAGAGGUUUAAUUGCAGAGCUAAAGAUUUGUUUGAGAUUUUGAUGGAUGAGAAUAGGUGGAAGGGUUUUACACAGAGCAAUGCGAGGAUUAGUAAGGAGGUUGGGGGUGAAUUUAGCAUUUUCGAUGGGUCGGUUACUGGAACUAAUUUAGAGUUGCAGGAGGGUAAGUUGAUUGUUCAGAGAUGGAGGUUUGGAAGCUGGAAUGAUGGAGUUCAAUCCACAGUGAGGCUUGAGUUUGAGGAGCCUGAAUCGGGUGUUACGGUUGUUAAGCUGACACAUACUGAUGUGCCUGAAGAGGAUAGGUAUGGGAAUGCUACUGUGGUGGAGAACACGGAAAGGGGGUGGCGGGAUCUUAUUUUCCAGAGGAUACGUGCUGUUUUUGGUUUUGGAAUUUGAGAUUUUUCUGAUUGUGUUUCCUGCGUUGUAGAAUUCGCUGAUUUUGACAUUUAUUAGUAAGGAACGAUUAAUGGAUGAUUGAGAUUAUUGGAUAUUGUGGAUUGCAAUGCUUUCUGCUUCUGCAUCUUUAAUACUUUAUGCAUCUGUGGUUGUGCUAUUUGGCA